AUGACCGACGCAUACGAACCAGAUGACAGUCGGCUUACUCCGGGGCUGGAGGUGCAGCAGCCCAACUACAAGCGCGACGAGUCCUUGCCUCCAUUUGUGAACCAGGACUCGCCGCCCAAGGACGACGCUCCUGAUAAAUAUCCUGGCCCCGAGGGGACGUCUUCGGACCUUCCCCGUAAGCCUUUGCCGACAUCCAAGUCCGGGAUAGCUGAGGGCAAUGCGGUACUGAUUGCUCAACUAGACCCAAAUCGCCCUGAAAUUGCCCGUCGUGAAAUAGAGCAUUCGCAUUCUUUGAGCCCCUGGAUUGACGAUGAGCCCAAUGGACAGAGAACGACGAUUGAACCUCCACGGGAUGGUGAGGCUAAAGCACAGGAGCAUGUAUCGUCAGUGGCGGUCAAGGCCUUGGAACUCCUCGGAUCGGAGUCCACAGCAUUACCCCCCGAAUCACCUGAUCUCUUGAACCCUCUGCCAGUCCCAAAGCCUCCGUCAUCUCCACAGGCAAGCAGGAAUUCUCUGGGGCCGCCCGCAUUACAGAACGAGCCUGUUAGCAUCAAAAUCGAAGAACCCCUUCCCGGGACUUCUCUUCUUCUCGAACCAGACCAGUUUAGCGUCGAGCGCCGAUCUCCAGAGGUUUCACCUUUGAAAAAGUUCGCACUGCCGCCUUCGGAGGUACCGGUGCAGGACAUACUUCCGGCACUCCAAACAUCGCCUCCAUCGGCCGUUGCGAAAUCGCCGGAGAAUCAUCAGCAACCCAGCCUGCCAUCGAUCCAGACCGCCUUGGGUGAUUUCGCUGGGCCGCCGAAGGAUCAUUUUGGCCGAUCUCCUUACCCCCUUCCGCCCGUCUCGGCCGCCUCACCAUCCAUCCCACGCAGCGAUGCAGCUUGGGAUCACCAGCGCGGGGGGCAAUUUGUGCCGGCGCAGGUGCCUCCCAGUCCCUAUUCCCACUUGUCCCCGGCCAGUUCUCAGGGCAUGUCGGCCGUUUCUUCUCCCGCAUCGCAGCAACAGCCCCAUUGGCGGCAAAGCCGAUCCGAUAUCACCUACCUUACGACUCCGAACUACGAACCGUCUCCGGCUGCGGUCAAAAGUCCAGCGACCAGCUAUCCGACCCCAACCGAUCAGACCCCAUCCAGCGAUCGGGCACUAUUCAACCCGGCGCCACCGUCCACAGCGCCUGUUCCUCCAGGCACGUUCAAAUGUCAUCAUCCUGGCUGUACCGCUGCGCCGUUCCAAACGCAAUACUUGCUCAAUUCUCAUGCCAAUGUUCAUUCGCAAGACCGGCCCCAUUUUUGUCCGAUCGAAGGAUGUCCGCGCGGAGUGGGUGGUAAGGGAUUCAAGCGUAAGAACGAGAUGAUCAGACACGGCCUCGUGCAUAAUUCCCCGGGAUACACAUGUGCGAGUCCACCAUGUGGACAAAAGCAAAGACGAUCCAGAGCUCAGACGAGUCCUCGCCUUGAGACCAGAGGGCAGCACGCGAGGCCGACGACGACGCACGACCGCGCAUUAGCGGAUUUUUCACGGCAUCGAGAUCAGAUCCUCAUAUACGGCCAUGUCGACACAACACAUCCUUACACCCUCGCGCACGACGGCUCCUCACGGUCGUCGCGGACGAACGCGGACAACCUUACCCCGAAAACCGCCCUCUCUUGUCACCUGCAUAUGCGCUGA